AUGGGAGGCGUUCCGUCCGUCCCCACCGACCCCAACAGGACCCUCGCUGUCAUUGGCGCGGGCUUCGCACGCACGGGAACCGUGUCCAUGGCCCUGGCCUUCGAGACCCUCCUCGAUGGCCCGGUCUGCCACGGCGGCACGCAGCUGCUCGGCCGCGAAGACGCCUACGUGCGCAAGUGGCUCGCCGUGUACGCGGCCGGCGACGACCGGCCGAAGCGGCUGAAGGCGCUGCGCGAGGCCACGAGGGGCUUCGUGGCCAUCGCCGACACGCCCGGCACGCACUUCAUCGGGGAGCUCUGCGAGCUCUACCCCGAUGCCAAAGUCGUUUGCUGGCGGAGGGAUCCGCAGAGGUGGUGGAAGAGCAUGGAACAGAUGAUCAAGCGCAGCAUGCCGCGCUGGCUAGGCUGGGGACGAGCGAUGCUUAUUGAAAACGGCUACGACAAAGGACCGGGACCUGACAUUCUCGAGUAUCACUACGACUAUGUCAAGAAAGUCGUACCGAAAGAGCGGCUUUACUGGACACAGCUGGGCGACUGGGCCUCCUUAUGCGAAAUUCUGGAGAAGCCCGUCCCCAAUGAACCUUUUCCAAGGGCGAAUGACUCUGAGGCUGUGGAAACAACAGCCAAGUACGUCUUUAGGAGGACGGCUAUGGUAUGGAUGGGCUUGAUUGUGGUAGCAGGCGCUGUAUGCUACGCCGGAUGGCAGGCACAGACCAUGUAUUAA